AUGCUGAAAUAUUGCUGGGUGGUGAUUGGCCAGCAUAGCCAAAUGGGUAUGCUGGAAUUGAUGGGUGGUGAUUGGCCAGCCUACCCAUUUGGCUAUGCUGAAUUCGCUGGUGGUGAUUUUGGCCAGCAUAACCAUUUGGCUAUGCUGAAUAUGCUGGAUGAGUUGGCAGAAAAUCUCCCAUCAGUCCUUUGGACGGAAGAUUUGCAUGAAAUCGAAACGUCCACAAACUUUGCAGAUCCCCUCUUGCACGGCCUUUUCGAUGAUCCCGACAGCGGUAUUACCUAUCGGUGA